CAUACAAAUUCUAGACCAUGGAUGACUGCAGAAGGUUGAGAACGAAUAGCGUGAAAGAAAUCUCCUUGUCUUGUUUUGAUUUCGAUCGUAAUGAUCUUGGAGAGAAAGAGAGAUGCGGCAAUUGUUGAUGGUCGUGCUUUUCACUUGGCUUUAUCUUGCAAAUUCCUUCGUCGCUUCUGACUGCUCCAUUAAAGGGUUUCCACUUGUCCGAAAUAUAAGUGAGCUUCCACAAAGUAACUAUGGUAUAGAAGGCCUCUCACACACUACCCUUGUUGGGUCUGUCCUCCAUGGAAUGAAAGAGGGCAGUGCUACACUUUAUCUUGCGUCAGACUCACAUGGAAAAUAUCCUGGCCAACCUAAAAAAUUUCCCAUCUUUGCAAACAGUACGUUUGCUAUUCCUGUCAAUGAUAUUCACCAGAUCUUGAACACUGAUAGCAAUGGCGAUCUGCAAUUACUGGCUAUUCUAUCACGUCCUCCUGUCAAAUUGUUCAUCUAUGAAGACUGGCUUAUGCCUCAUACUGCUGCCCAACUGAAAUUUCCAAUCUUUUGGGAUGAACAAUGUUUUGACUCUCCUGUUAAAGAUGAGCUCUAAGACACACUUCUGUCAUCUGUUACAUUGCUACAUCAAUGACUUAGAGCGACUAUCUUUUUACUUUACUCUAUUCACAAGUGUUGCUUUGAUCUUUUAUAGUCAAUUAGUCGUCAAAUGUUGGAUUUAUCGUAGCACGUAGUUUUAAUAAAAUAACUUUUUAUAAAUUUUACUUGCAUGUAAAUAAAUAUAUUAACAUUUUAUAAAGUAUAUUGACAUGCAUGAUGCAUGUAUUGACAAGGGUUGCAAGUAUAAAGAAACAAUGAUUCUUAUUUAUAUGAUGAUCUAUGUAGAUCUUGCAUCUC